AUGGGAGGAGGUCCAAUCAGCCCAUCUUCAAAGCACAUCCCCAACGCCCCUCUCACGCUUCGCCGCGCGACCAUAGAUGACUUGAACGAUAUAACCUGGAUAGCAGUAAACGGAUCGACAGAUGACCCGGGUACAGACUACAGAUUUCCAUACCGUGAUAAGUAUCCAGAAGACUUCUGGAAAUGGACAAGAAUAGAGCAUGAGGAAUUAUUCGAACGACCUGAUAAGCUAGCUAUCCUGGUAGUUACAGCGCCUGUGCUUGAUGAUGGAGAGGUCAUCCAUCAGCCUAUUUCUUACGGAGUAUGGGACUUGAAAGUCACAAGCGAUUUCAUACCAGGAGGUUCGUAUGACCCUCUAUCUCAAACUCUCUAA